GCUUAUGUAUCGAGAUGAAGUGCGAGUUUGCGAUGCAGUCGUGGCCGUCAGUGUGAUGGAGUCGAGCAUGUAUGGGGCUGCAUUACUGGGAGGAAUCAAUGCAUUGCAUACAUCCUUCCCAGAAGACCCAGAACAAGAAUACAAGGUGCAGGGUAAGCUGAGAUGAUCUUGACGCAUUUAGAGCUGCAUGACAUCUUAUCUGUAGAGAUGGAACGACUCUCACGCCAAGAAUCUGAAGGAAAAGAAUGUUUGUUGCGAAAAAAUGAAAGCAUUCUGGAACAAAAAGCUAUAACCAUACUUGAUAACAGCAACGAACACGAAAGCAUGCAGGAACAAGGUACAGUGAACUUACUUGAUAACAGCAACUUUAAUGAAAGUAUACAGGAGCAAGACACGGUAAACUUAUUUGAUACCAGUGAAGAAAAUGAAUUUAAUGAAUCCUUACGCAGUUCACAUGAUCGUUCAGACAUUGGAAGUGCAGAACACAAAAAAAGACUGAUAGAUACAGAUGGAAAUAAAGAGGACAACGUUCUGGUAGCUGUUACCAAUGAAAACUCAUUACGUAAAUGUCAAAAGGAUUCCAUCGAAAAUGAUGCACAAAAGGAUUCCACCGAAAAUGAUGCAUGUGAUUGCUCUACUGAUGGCACAGAUGAUUUUCUUGCAAACGUUGCUCAAGAAGUUUUUAAUGAGAUUAAAGAAUCAUCGAAAUCAACAUUAACUAAUGAAGACGAAACCAUUUCUCAGAUUAAUGAUACAGUCUUAAUUGAUUCUCAAAAUUGUUGACAAGUCAAGAUAAAAAUUCAGCCCAUAAUGUUGGUGAUAAGACGUCACAUGAUUCAAACGGCAAGAAGAAACGAACCGCUGAGGGCAUGCUACACAUGCAGCCAGCAGAAAAGAAAAGCAAAGCCAUGUUAAUUAGCGAGAAAACUGAAUGCAUUCAGUUUUAGUAACUCAUAAAUGUAAUUCUGAAGGCCCUCAAAACAAAAAACAAAAUGCAAAAUCCUUUAGCAAACCAAAACCAAAAAAUCAUUCUCCAGCCUCAUCUCAAAUAUUCACAACUGACGACUGCCUUGAUGAAUUAGAUUUAAGUGAUUUAUGAAACAACUAAUAUAUAAAUUAGGUAUGCUGCGCAUCGCCAUAAAUGCAAAAUACAGUUACAUGUACAUAACAUGUUAAUCAUAUCAAGAAUAGCUCUUCAAUAAAAAGUCCCUGUUUCAGUUGUACCAAAGAAAGUGUCUCUGGCAGAAUUUGAGCUUACAACCAAGCAGUGACUUCUGUGUUACAUCAUCUCUGUAUAGCAAACAUCUUAUUAAGGGCCAAAUCUAUGAAAUGCAAGAUUGCAUGCACUGUCCACUUUUUUGUACCUUUGGGUGAUCUCUUAAGAUACAGGUGUGAUCUUUACACCUUUGCAUAAACCUGUAUUUGGCAAGUAAGUCUUGGGCUAGCAUUAAGUCAUCUUCCAGCAUUUCCAGAAUUGGUAAGUAAUGGAUAUUGAUCAACAGUUUAAUUGUAUUAACCAUGUCCCAAAGUAUUAGUUAUACAAAUGGUCAACUAAUCAUUUAUUUAACGUUAUUUUGAUAGUUAUUUCUAUUAAACAAUGUAUGCACAAAUAACUUUGGAAGGCCAUUACUCAAAAUC